CCCAAACGCUGACCUUGAGAGCCGUCUUGCAGUUCAUCAAACCCUGUGCGUCUCAACCCCCGAGUGUCAGCCAGAUCGCGGGAUAGUGUUGUUUAUGAGAGCCACUGCUCGCUUCACUUAUUAGUUUGGUCGCGAGAAGACCGCCGCCCCCUACCAACAGCAAGUCUCGUCACCCCGCCAUCCGCCGCGUCUCGGCAACACCUGCAUGUGGGGUUGAGAUCCGACACGGAGCGAGAGUUAUCAUGGACAGGCACGCUGGCGUCCCAGCCGACACCAAGAACGAUGAGCCGCAGGUGAAGACAGUCGACGACAAGGGCGCGCCGCCGGUGACGACGAGCGAGCCGGCUAAGCCCGAGGGCGAGGUCGAGGACGUCCCAGACCCGGAUGAGGAUGAUCUCGACGAUCUGGAUGAUAUGUUGGAUGAAUUUUCGUCGGUCAAGCUGGACGCUGGCAAGACAGCCAAAUCGGCGGAUGCAGCGCCGCCCACAUCCGCUCCCAAAUCUCCUGCCCCAGGACCUGCUCCAGGCACUACAGACAGCCAAUCCACGGCAGAGGAUGGCUUCUCAGAAGACGACUUUGCAAAGCAGCUCCAAGCCGGCAUGGCUGACCUUCUUGGAGAGCUGGAAAAAUCUCCCGAGAUGCAAGAACAGUUUGAAGAAAUGUUCAAGCAAAUGAGCGCCGCCGCGGCAGCAGACGAAUCGGCAACCGGGACGGCCACGGAUGCCGCCUCUAGCUCCAGCAAGGCGCCCGCCGGCGCCGGCGCCGCCGACGCCUCCUUCCAGGAGACAAUCCGCCGGACGAUGGAGCGCAUGCAAAACUCAGGCGACCAGGCCACCGCAGCGGCCGCCUCCGGUGGCGCUGAUGAUUUCAUGUCCGAGAUGCUCAAGCAGAUGUCCUCCGGGGACUUUAACGCCGAGGGCGGCGAGGAGGAGUUCUCUAAGAUGCUCAUGGGCAUGAUGGAACAGCUCACCAACAAGGAGAUCCUCUACGAGCCCAUGAAGGAGCUCGACGACAAGUUUCCCGACUGGCUGGAGAAUAACAAGGACAAAACUCCGGCAGAAGAUCUCAAGAGAUACGAAGAGCAGAAGUCGCUCGUCAGGGAAAUCGUCGCCAAGUUUGAGGAGAGCACCUACUCGGACAACAAUGCUGCCGACCGCGAAUAUAUCGUGGACAGGAUGCAAAAGAUGCAAGCGGCUGGCUCGCCGCCGUCAGAUCUAGUAGGAGACAUGGCAUCGGCGCAAGAAGCGUUCGCAGGGCCCGACGACCAGUGCAACCCACAGUAGAUUUCCUUGUUUUUUGGACAUCUCAUGCCCUCAGAUACCCAUGUGCGCCAUCUUGAGUACACGAAUGCCGUGCAAUAUCGACCAGAAGGUACUAAAUACAAGUAAUCGCUCAAUACGCAGAUCAAGAAACGCCUGUGACCCC